AUGGCUGAGACUGAGCAGGGCCUAGAAAGCGUCCAUAAAAAGUUGGCGACCAAGAAAGAGGUCAGUGGCAAGGACAAGCCGUCAGCUCUAAGUUCACACUCGAUUGUGACGAUCAAGGAUGAGUUCCAGUUCCUCCAAGCACAGUACCACAGUUUGAAGUUGGAGUGCGAUAAACUGGCUUCCGAAAAGUCGGAGAUGCAGCGUCAUUAUAUCAUGUACUAUGAAAUGUCUUAUGGGCUGAACAUUGAAAUGCACAAACAGGCUGAAAUUGUGAAGAGACUGAAUGGGAUCUGUGCUCAGGUGCUGCCUUACCUGUCACAGGAGCAUCAACAGCAAGUCAUGGGUGCCAUCGAGAGAGCCAAACAGGUCACACCUCCUGAGAUGAACUCUAUCAUACGGCAACAGCUCCAGGUGCAACACCUGUCCCAGCUCCAGGGCCUGGCCCUGCCGGUGACCCCGCUGCCCCUGGGCCUCACCCCGCCGACCCUGCCUGCCGUGUCCUCCAGCUCCGGCCUGCUCUCCCUCUCCUCCAUCCUGGCCAACUACUCCCACGGCCAGCCCCAGGCGGUGAAGGACGACAAGGCCAGAGACGCCGCGGAGAGAGCGCCGAGAGGAGAGGACGGGGACAAGUCAGACUAGUGCAGGCAUGGCGUGGAGGUUUGGAGGAGGAAGGUAUGAGGUGUCAUUAGUGUCGAGGAGAGAGAGAGAGAGAGAGAGAGAGGGAGGGAGAGAGGAAAAAAAAAAAAGAAAGUUAAACUGUAAAUGGAAAAUGUAAGUCUGGCUGCCUGUCUGCUGAGUGUCGAUGUAGAAGAGUAACUGCAGGGAUGAGGACGGGGCAGGAACUUUUUUGGAUGUGCGGAGGAUGAAACUCCUGAAUGGCUGAGAGUUAAAUGUUCUUAUUAUUUAGUGGUGAUAGACUCGGUUCAGGCUUCUAGACUUUAAAUAGACGCUUUUUUUAGUGUAAGCCGUGUUUGUUAGGCUUAACCAAGAUAAAUGUUUUCCCAUUCGGAGAGAGCCGAGGACGAAACCUAACGGCAGCCUCCUGUCCGUGGAUCCGCCUCUCACAGAUUUAUUUUUCUUACUUCGUCUUCUUCUCUUUUUUUUCUUUUCUUUUUUUUUGUUAUCAGAUCAGUUUUCAGUGUUUAUUUUCCAUGUCCUUCGAUAGGCCCUCUGAUUGUUUCUCACUGGCCGCUGUCUGCCAGUCACAAUAAAUCAAUUUAACAACAUCUCACCUUCUUUCCUUCAAAUCACAAUAUCUCCAUCGCCUUUUUGUCCAUAAUGAAAUAUAAUGAGCGGAGGUGCUCGGAUCAGCCGUUAAUUUAUGCUCUCGGAGCCAAAAUUAAACCUUAGUCUGAUGUUACGUUGAACACAUUUAAAGGGACAUUUCACUCGUCAGGUGCAUUCGAGGCCUGCAGACGCAAACCAAUGGCUUUUUCACCAUUUUGGUUUUUCAUACGACCAACUACUGGGUGCAUCACCUGAGCUGUGUACCUCAGUCCCAGACAAACGGGACUUUCUUCCAUUAUAAACCUAUAGUUUGAACUAAUGGUAAGACGCCCGGCUUUGGAGUUAAUUUGUUUCGUAGGCCUAGCUGCCGCCGCUGCUAUGCGCUCUACAUGGGACGGACUUUAAAUGACACACUCUGGAAAAAAAGAAAAAAGAAAAAGAUUUUAUUUUGACAUGUUGUUUUCCUGAAGUAAGGCAGGAUAUGAUUGGCCCUUAAGAGGCGUCUGUGUGUUCGAGUGAAUGCGACUAGAAAGAAGAAAACACUUGUUUGUUUUACCUUUUGUAUUCUCCUCCUUCCUCCCUCUCUGCUCCCCGGUCUUGAACGGGAUUUAAAUUUCAGAAGCAGGUGGUUGUGACAGACAGAAACACAGUACUAUACCGACUCACUUUCCCUCCCGUUUUUUUUAUUUUUAUUUGUUGAUGAAGAUUGUGUGCUGGGUGAGCUGCUAAAGCUCUGUAAGCGACAACAAGUUGCUUCCACCCCACACAGUUACUACAACACCAGCCAGUUCUUUCAGGCCUUUUGCGAAAAUAAAAACCCAUCAAAUAACUGAAUUAACAUUUCCAACAUAAUGAAACACAAGCUGUGUCCGUACCACAUGCUAAUUCUACUCUUUUGGAUUACUAUACUUUUCUUGUACACAAGAAAUCAAAUGUACUGUUUUGUACUAACGGGACUUUACAUGUGUGUGUGACCACUGCAGACAUUUCCUUUGUGCAUUGCAUUGUGGGAGUAAAAAAAACAAAAAAAAAAAACAACAAUUUUGUCUCGAUUCUUCUGUUCUGCUCCUAUUUCUAAUAAUAUAGUCCCGCUAAUUAAUCUGCUUUUGUUUAAAGAGAAUUCGACCUGAUUCACAGAGCUACCAUAUCACAAUAUAGACAUAUACACUCACUUGCCAGUUCAUUAGGUACGCCAGUGAACGCUAAUACGUUCUGUUACAACAGUCCUCAUUCGGUUUUGUUGAAACAGCGCAAGAAAAGUUUGUAAUUCAACUGCGGGAUCACUUUGGAGGAUGUAGUUUGUGCCUAUUUUCAAUUCAAUGCCUAUUUUAAGUUCACAAAACUAUGAUUUACUGAAGGACUGUUAUAUUAGAAUGUGUUCACUAGUGUACCUAAUGAACUGGCAAGGGAGACUAUAUCGAUAGUGAAGAAAUAUCCAGAUUCAGUCUCCUUUUAUUUAAGGUGUAUUGCUAAAUGAAACUAAUAGAAAUUAAAGCGGAGAUCUUAACAGCGAUUCACAGUUCUUAAAACAGGCUGCAGUGCAAACUCAAAGCUCAAGUGGUGUGUAGAGCAGCUUUGAGUGUUUGCACUCGAAGGUGAAAAGAAAAGUGUACUCGCAGUGCAAUAAACAAAGGAAACGGACUCACACACAGAGUAUAAGGCUGCCUCUUAAGUUUAGCUGCAACUGUUUGUUUGCAGGUUCAUGGUUUAGGCAGCAGAGGGCAGCAGAGUUCCGUCACAAUGCAAAGUACAUCUCUCAACAGAAUCACAUUAUUUCACUCUGUCACCACCUCCCUGACUGUGGGCUGGACCACAGGUACUCUGCAGGUGUCUCUCCCCCUCAACCCCCCCGUCUGCUUUCCAGAGCUUUCACAAACCACCUUUAACGUCUGAGCUCGUCCGAGAUCUUGAACUUCUCCCCCCUUCUUUUUUCCUUUUUAAUUUCAAAAGCACUUAAAGUUGUUUGUGGCUCGGUGCUCCCUCUUUUUCUCUUCCUCCUGUCUGCAACCACCACCCCCCUAAAAAAAAAAAAAAAAAAAAUUAAAAAAAAAUCUCCCCCCAGAGACUUGACUUUAAUAUAUCGAGGAGCGCGAGAACACAUCAGUUAGUCGUUUGCACUCUUUAUACCCGCGUCAGUCUCCGCAGAAAACCUCCUUUGGCAAAACUCAGACAUGUGAAUGGUAUGUGUGUUUGUUUUGCUGUGAAGGGCCAAUUUGUAUACAUAUGAAUAUAUCAAUAUACAUAUUUUUUAAAGCAUUUUUGUAUGUUUCAAAGCUGCUUUUUAACGUGUGUGUAUCAUGGAAGACUUUGGUGUUGUAUGUGUGCAUUACAAGCCUACAGUAAGAGAGGCACAAUGUUGUAUACCAUGAUGUUGUUUCUUUUUUUGUUUUGUUUUUUUUUCCUGUGUUUUCUCUCCCAUUCGUUCUCUCAGUAGGCUGUAACACUUUAACAUUGUUUUCUAGGUUGAUAAAUGUUUUAUCCUCUUCUUUUUUUUUUUUUUUGUGCAAACGAAUAACAGUUAAAACGUGUUUAUGAACACAGUCUCUAUUUAAAAUACUUGGGGCAACAAACAAAACGAGAAAACGACAAAAAAAAAAAACAACCCAACAAAGAUGUAAACAAGCAACUGUGUAUUCUCAUGAGAAUGAAUCAAACUUUUAGCAGUAAGGAAGCUUCUCUGGUGCCUUACAAAUAAAAGACGUGAUUGAGAGUG